AUGGACGCGUCAACGUCUCUGAGUAUCGAUACCAUCGACGCCGAUAUUGAGCGCCGCUUGGUGCGGAAAAUUGAUCUUUACGUCUAUCCAAUCCUCUUCGUCAUAUACAUGCUCUCAUUCCUUGAUCGUAUCAAUAUUAGUAACGGGAGAAUCCAAGGACUUGCCGAUGACAUUGAUCUUAGUGGGAAUAGGUUCAACAUUGCCUUAUUCAUAUAUUUCGUUCCAUACGUCCUUCUCGAAGUGCCAAGCAACAUGAUCAUUCAGAAAGUCAGACCAUCCUUGUACCUUUCAGGCUUGAUGUUUAGCUGGGGUAUUACCAACAUGUGCAUGGGAUUCGUCCGCAGCUACGAAGGACUAGUCGCGCUGCGUUUUCUUCUUGGGGCUACCGAAGCUGGUGUACUUCCAGGCAUCAUAUAUCUUACAUCGAUGUACUACAAAAGGCAUGAGUUUCAGAUAAGAAUGAGUUUCCUGUUUUGUUCCACCUUGGCUGGCGGUGCGUUUGGAGGGCUGCUUGCAUACGCCAUUGCAGAUCUCAGCCAACUGAAGGGAUACCUAGCAUGGCGCUGGAUUUUUAUUAUUGAGGGAGCUACGACAUCAUUCGUCGCCAUUAUCUCUGCUUUCUUGAUUGUCGACUGGCCUGAACAGUGUCGCUUCUUAAGCCCAGAAGAGAAAGUAAUCCUCAAGCGCCGCUUGGCUGAUGACGGCGCUGGCUUUGCGCGAAUGGACACGCUCGACAGAUAUGCCUACAAGUUGAUCUUCUCUGACUGGAAGAUCUGGCUGGGCUCUAUUGUUUACAUGGGAAUCGGUACGACUGGAUACGCGACAACCUUUUUUAUGCCGACGAUACUCAACGAAUUUGGUUGGAAGGCAGAGGAAGCACAAGUCCGCACAAUACCUAUAUAUGCCGUUUCCGCAGUUGGAAUGCUUUUAGUGGCCUAUCUGUCUGAUAGACUUCGCCACCGGUAUGGUUUCAUCCUGCUCGGGUGUCUCAUAGCAACCGUUGGCUACGGUAUGCUUCUUAAUCAGGCCAUGCUAUCGCAGGAUGCCAAGUUUGCAGCCAUAUUCUUGGUCUCCCUUGGUGGUUAUAUGUGCACACCCAUCGCGCUGGCUUGGCUAUCGAACAAUGUUUCAGGGCACUGGAAACGGGCCAUUAGCUCCGGAGUCCAGGUGAUGAUUGGCAACUUUGCGGGCAUCAUCGGGGCCAAUAUUUUCGUGCCAGACGAAGCGCCGACCUACGCCACCGGCUACGGCACAUCACUCGCAAUGCUUUGGCUCGGUGGUCUGGCCGCAACAGCCAUGUUUAUCGGUCUAUGGCUGGAAAACAGGAAGCGGGCCGCAGGUAAGCGAGACUAUCGCCUUGCUCUACCUGAUGAUGUGGUGAAGAAUAUGGGUGAUGAUCAUCCAUCUUUCCGUUUCACUCUGUAA